AUGGAGAACAGCAGCAGGCUUGACAGCCCCACCAACAUCUCGCUGGCGGGCGCCGACACCGGCCUGGCCUUGCUCGAGUACAAGGCCGUCUCCGUCUUCCUGGUGCUGCUCAUCUGCGGAGCCGGCAUCGUGGGCAACGUCAUGGUGGUGCUGGUGGUGCUCAUCACCCGGGACAUGAAGACGCCCACCAACUGCUACCUGGUGAGCCUGGCAGUGGCUGACCUGAUGGUGCUAGUGGCUGCCGGGCUGCCCAACGUCUCCGACAGCCUGGCAGGCACCUGGGUGUACGGGCAUGCUGGCUGCCUCGGCAUCACCUACUUCCAGUAUCUAGGCAUCAACGUGUCCUCCUGCUCCAUCACCGCCUUCACCGUGGAGAGGUACAUCGCCAUCUGCCACCCGAUCCGGGCACAGACCAUGUGCACGGUGUCACGCGCCAAGCGCAUCACUGCCCUGGUGUGGGCCGGCACGGCCAUCUACUGCCUGCUCUGGUUCUUCCUGGUCGACAUCAACGUGGGGCCGCGCCAGCACCUGGAGUGCGGCUACAAGGUCUCCCGCAACCUCUACCUGCCCAUCUACCUGCUGGACUUCGCCCUCUUCUUCGUCACCCCCUUGCUCGUGGCCACCGUGCUCUAUGGGCUCAUCGGGAGGGUCCUCUUCAUCGGCCCUGUCUCCCCACCGGUCACCGGUGCCACUGAACGCUGGAAGGACAGGAGUGGGAGGGAGAGGAACGGCGCGGGGGGCAGCCAGGCCAGCAGCCACAGCCGGGCCAGGGGGGCCCUCGCCUCCCGGAAGCAGGUGACCAAGAUGCUGGCGGUGGUGGUGGUCCUCUUUGCCGUGCUGUGGAUGCCCUACCGGACGCUGGUGCUGGUGAACUCCUUCAUGGCACGCCCCUACCUGGACCCCUGGUUCCUCCUGUUCUGCCGGGCCUGCGUCUACGCCAACAGCGCCAUCAACCCCGUCAUCUACAACCUCAUGUCCCGCAAGUUUCGGGCCGCUUUCGCCACGCUGUGCAAGUGCGGCCGCGAGGAGCCAUCCCGCCGUGGCCUGCCCCCUGCCACGACCGGCUGUAGCGCGGGCAGGGACCUCCAGCCCCUGGGGAGAGGCAACCCCCGCCGGGCCUUGGUGGAGGGCACCGCUGAUGCCCCCUAG